CCGCCAUGUUGGAUGCCGCAGAUUCGCCAUAACCCCGCGGCGUUUUUUAUUCUAAUUUAAAAAAACGCGGCGGCGGGGAGGCCCCCCCGGCCUCGGGGGAGGACGGAGGAACGGCAGUAGUGGACGGAGGCUUUUUUUUUCCCCCCCGGCGCCGUGGGGUUGCCAUGGAGACGCGGGAGGCAGAAAGCAGUUCCAUCUUCAUGUGUAAGUGCUGCAACCUGUUUUCGCCCAACCAGGCAGAGCUUCUGUCCCACGUGUCCGAAAAGCACCGGGAAGAAGGGGUUGACGCGGAGGACAUCAUCAUCCCGCUGCGGCCGUUGACCGCCGAACCCGCCGACCCCCCCCAGGGCGGACCGCCGGAACCGUCGGCGGCCAAGAGGAAGCGGGGCCGGCCCAGGGGGUCCACCAAGAAGCCGCACGCCUCCGAGGGCUCGGUGGAGAACAGCGGCUGCAGCCCGAGCGAGGAGAAUGCUCCGGGGGCGGCGGAGGAGGAGGACGAGGAGGAGGAGGAGGAAGAGGAGGGCAGCCCCUCGGGACCGCCGCCGGGGCCCCUGGAGUGCCGGAAGUGCGGCCGCAGGUUCUCCAACGGCCGCCAGCUCCGCAAGCACAUCUGCAUCAUCGUGCUCAACCUAGGCGAGGAGGAGGGAGAACCAGGUAAUGAUUCUGACGUUGAACUUGACAGGAAGGAUAAGGAAGCCGAGAGACAAAGAGCCGCCCGACGGCCCCGGGUCCAGAGAGCGGAGCGAGUCCAGAGGGGCGUCCUGGCCAAGGACGCGGGCCCCGGCCCGGGGCCUAAAAACCCCAUCGUCAGCGUGGUGUUGACUGCCCACGAAGCUAUCCCAGGCGCCACCAAGAUCGUUCCGGUCGAGGCGGGCGCCGCGGAGGCGGAAGGCGCCGAUUCCGAGACGGCCCCCCCAGAGCCAGCUCGCCGCAAGGGCUAUCAGGAGUACGCCAUUCAGCAGACCCCCUACGAGCAGCCGACGAAGUCCAGCAGGCUCGGCCCCACGCAGCUGAAGAUCUUCACGUGCGAGUACUGCAACAAGGUCUUCAAGUUCAAGCACUCGCUGCAGGCCCACCUGCGCACCCACACGAAGGAGAAGCCGCACCGCUGCCCCCACUGCAGCUACGCCAGCGCCAUCAAGGCCAACCUGAACGUCCACCUGCGCAAACACACGGGCGAACGCUUCGGCUGCGACGCCUGCAGCUUCACCUGCCUGAGCAAGGGCCACCUGAAGGUGCACGUGGAGCGGGUCCACCAGAAGAUCAAGCAGCACUGCCGCUUCUGCAAGAAGAAGUACUCGGACGUGAAGAACCUCAUCAAGCACGUGCGCGAGGCCCACGACCCCGAGGAGCCCCGCGUCGCCGGGGCCCUGGACGAGCUGCGUCUCCUGACCCGCGAGGGCAAGAGGCAGCUCCUCUACGACUGCCACGUCUGCGAGCGCAAGUUCAAGAGCGAGCUGGACCGGGACCGGCACAUGCUGGUCCACGGCGACCGCUGGCCCUUCGCCUGCGAGCUGUGCGGCCACGGCGCCACCAGGUACCAGGCGCUGGAGCUGCACGUGCGCAAGCACCCGUUCGUCUACGUCUGUUCCCUCUGCUGGAGGAAGUUCGUCAGCUCCAUCCGCCUGCGCGCCCACAUCCGCGAGGCCCACGCCGAGGGCCCCGCGCCCGAGGCCGCCCUCUUCGCCCGCUCCAUCGACCAGAGCUUCUGCCUCCUGGAGCCCGGCGGGGACCUCCAGCAGGAAGGGCUCGGCCCCCGCCCGCCCCCGCCCGCGGCGGGGGAUGGCGGAGGCGGGCCGGGGCCCGGGGACGUCCGCGGCCCCUCGUCUUCGGGCCCGGGCGCCCCCGAGGCGGGCCGUGCCCCCGAGGCGGCGGGCGAACCGCCGGCCGGCGGGCCGGCGGCGGACGGGCCGACGGCGGACGGGCCGACGGCGGGUGGGCCGUCGGGAGGCGGACUUCCGCCGGGCGGGCCGAUGGCGGGGGGACUGCCGGGCGUACUGCCGGGGGGCGGACUGAUGGCGGGCGGGCUGUCGGCGGGCGGACCGGCGGCGGACGACCUGACCGCAGACGACCUGACCGUGGGCGACGCGGCCCCCGCGCUCCGCUCGCCCGGGGACUCGGGAGGUUUCCCGCUGGGAAGCGCCGGCUCUCCUCCCCCCGGAGCCCAACCCCCCGCCCCCGCCGAGGGCCAGGGCGGAGGGGCGCCCCUGACGCCGUCCCGUGGCCCGGGCCCCGAGCCGGACCCGGAGCGCGCGGGAGCCGACGACGGCCCGUUCCCCUCUGGGCGCCCGCCGCUUCCUCCGGCCCCGCGGGAGGCGGAGCCCAGCCCGGGGGCGGUCAGCGAGCCCCUUCCUCCGGCGGCGGGGGCUGGCUCGGGGGCGUUCUUGCAGAUCCUGGACAGCUUGCACAAGAGGCAGAUGAACACGGACCUGUGCGAGCGCAUCCGCAAGGUGUACGGGGACCUGGAGUGCGAAUACUGCGGGAAGCUGUUCUGGUACCAGGUCCACUUAGACAUGCACGUCCGCACCCACACACGGGAACACCUGUUCCACUGUUCCCAGUGCAGCUACUCGUCCGUCACCAAGAACUGCCUGAAGCGCCACGUCAUCCAGAAGCACAGCAACGUCCUCCUCGAGUGUCCCACCCAGGGCUGCGGCUACUCCACGCCGGACAAAUACAAACUGCAGGCCCACCUCAAGGUCCACACCGAGCUGGACAAAAGGAGCUACUCCUGUCCCGUGUGCUCCAAGUCCUUCUCAGAAGAUCGCCUAAUCAAGUCCCACAUCAAGACCAAUCACCCCGAAGUCUCGAUGAACACCAUCUCCGAGAUUCUUGGCCGCAGGGUACAGCUGAAAGGACUGAUUGGGAAAAGAGCCGUGAAGUGUCCCUACUGUGAUUUUUACUUCAUGAAGAACGGCUCGGACCUCCAGCGCCACAUCUGGGCUCACGAAGGCGUGAAGCCGUUCAAGUGUUCGCUGUGUGAGUACGCCACCCGCAGCAAGAGUAAUCUGAAGGCCCACAUGAAUCGGCACAGCACCGAAAAGACCCACCUCUGCGACAUGUGCGGCAAGAAGUUCAAGUCGAAAGGCACCCUGAAGAGUCACAAGCUGCUCCACACGGCGGACGGGAAGCAGUUUAAAUGCACCGUGUGUGACUACCACGCCGCCCAGCAGCCCCAACUCCUCCGCCACAUGGAGCAGCACGCCUCUUUUAAGCCCUUCCGGUGCGCCCACUGCCAUUAUUCCUGCAACAUCUCCGGCUCGCUGAAGCGCCAUUACAACCGGAAGCAUCCCAACGAGGAGUACGUGAACGUGGGCUCGGGCGAGCUUGCCGCGGAAGCCCUGAUCCAGCAAGGAGGCAUCAAGUGUCCAAUUUGCAGUUUUGUCUACGGUACCAAGUGGGAAUUCAACAGGCACCUGAAGAACAAGCACAGUCUGAAGCUGGUGGAGAAUGACGGUGGCACUAAGUGGGAGCUCACCACAGAGAUCUCUGAAGAAGCAGCCACCCAGUUCCUGCACAUCGCGGAGGCUGAAGAAGAUGCCCAGGGAACCCAGGAGGCGGUCGAAGCCCUGCAAGACCUGCGGUACACAGCUGAGAACGGGGAGAGGUUGGACCCCACGGCCGUCAACAUCCUCCAGCAGAUCCUCGAGCUGGGCAACGAGAGCCACGACGCCACCGCCGUCGCCUCCGUCGUUGCCAUGGCGCCAGGAACGGUCACCGUGGUGAAGCAGACCCAGGCUGAAAACGACCUUUAUGCCGAGCGACCGGGUCUCCCUGUCACACCCGAGGCGAGCCGAGGAGUCUGGGACACGUCAUACCGUGUGACGGAAGAGGAGCAGGCGUCCGGCCACACGGUGAUGAUCCAGGAGACCCUGCAGCAGGCGUCGGUGGGGCUGGCCGAGCAACACCACCUGCUCGUGUCCGCGGACGAGGUGGAGGGGAUCGAGACGGUGACGGUCUACACCCAGGGCGGGGAGCCCUCCGAGUUCAUCGUGUACGUGCAGGAGGCCCUGCAGCCGGCUGACCAGCCAGCCGCGGAUCAGGCCACGCCGGACCCGUAGUGGCCCCGGUCUGCCGGCCCACCCCUGGUUAGUCUCGGUCCACGCAGUACGCCCCUCUCCCUCCCCGUCCCGCCACCCGCCGGCCACCACCUCCCCGUGGGAGCGGCCGCCGGGUCGGCCGGGGUCACUGAUCCGCGAGGUGGGGGGGAACCGGACCUCCCCAGUUGGCUCCUGGAGGGAGACUGCCCUCCGCCGCUCGAGGGCUCGGGGCUGUCCAGGGGAAUCCCUCCGCCUCGUCGCAGCGGCCCCGGCCGGCGAGGGCAAGCGGCGUUCAGCGUUCGGCUCUGCGGGAGCACACCCCGGUCUCCAGGGUGGGGGCCCUGGGACCGGAGCGGUGGCGGAAGCCUCUGGAGAUUUUCCCAUCACGUAGCGGGGCCCCGUAGCUGCCAGCGGAGGACUCACGUGACCUCCCGCUCUGCCGCAGGGAGCUCUUUGACCCCUCUCCCCCUCGGAGGGCCGUCGCGUCUCCUCCGCCCCUCGACCUCCGCGUGCCCCGUCCGCUCCCUGCCCUGGCCGUUCCGACCCGUCUGUUUCCAUUCCGCGUCCCCCGAGCCGAAACGCUUGCCCGUGCGGGACGGCGUGGCUCGGGGUCGAAGGACUGCAGGGCUGUCCACUUGCCCACGGCAUCGGCCCUCUGUUUCACAUCUAGGAACGGAAUCCAGACCCCUUACUCUUCGAGUUUUCUGAGCAGGGAGCAAUUUUAGCUUUGAUCUCCUUCUGCCUGGUGCGCUCUCUGCUGCCCGCGGAGGGACCAGGACACAUCUCUCUUCUGCCUUGCCUCUGAUCGCGACAAUAAAUGGACCAAACUAGG